UCGGCUAAAGGCGCGCGGAGAGACGCGGGAGGCGACCGCCAUGGCCUCCAUGGGGAUCCAAGUCGUGGGCAUCGCCCUCUCGGUCCUGGGCUGGCUGGGCACCAUCCUGUGCUGCGGGCUGCCCAUGUGGAGGGUGACGGCCUACGGCAACACCAACAUCUUGUUGGUCCAGAUGAUCUGGGAGGGGCUGUGGAUGGACUGCGUGGUCCAGAGCACCGGGCAGAUGCAGUGCAACAUCUACGAGUCCAUGCUGGCCCUGCCACAGGACAUGCAGGCCGCCCGGGCCCUGGUGGUCAUCGCCAUCGUGUUGGCCAUCGUGGGCGUCGUCUUCUCCGUCUUGGGGGGCAAAUGCACCAACUGCAUGGAAGACGAGGGCCCCAAGGCCAGGGUCAUCAUCGGGGCCGGCGUCUCCUUCCUCCUCUCGGCCCUCCUGCUCCUCAUUCCCCUCUGCUGGAUCGCCAACAACAUCAUCCGGGACUACUACAACCCCAUGGUCCCCGAGAGCCAGAAGCGGGCGUUUGGUUACUCGCUCUACAUCGGCUGGGCCUCUUGCGCCAUGCUCCUCAUCGGAGGGGCCCUGUUGUGCUACAACUGUCCCCUGAGAAAAGAGAAGCCGUAUUCGGCCAAGUACACGGCCACCCGAUCCGUCCCGGCCAGUAACUACGUCUAAACGCGGUCCCCGACGCCCAGUUGUGCCUGGGGACUUUCCCCACCCUGGAGGUGGAUCUAAAAGACUGAGUAGA